GCUUCGCUUUUUCUCUUCCCGCUACUCUUUCCCCCUCUUUCUCUUUGACCCAAACGGGCCAAACCAUUACAUAGUCUACAUCAACUACACUCUCUCUCUCUCUCUGUGCGUGGAAGCGUUUUCUUCACUGUCUGAAAUCCAGGGUGUGAGGCUCUGGGGCUCGGGUUGUACUGUGCAUCACUGGGGGGUUUAUUUGAAACUUUUUGGCUCUGAAGGCCCAAUGCUUAGCGUAUAAUUUAUUUAGUGGCUGUCCCUGCUUCGUGUUGCUUUGGUGGUUGUUACUUGUAUGGUGGGAUGAGAAUUUUGGAUGAUUGUUGGAUUGUGAAGAGACAGGGCAAGAGAAUUUGCCCUUUAUGGUUCAUAUAGUUUAUUUUAGAUAAUCUAGGUGGUUAAUUCAUUGAAUUUCAAACCAAUCAUGGAGUGCAACAAAGAUGAGGCCAUCAGGGCUAAGGGCAUUGCAGAGAAGAGGAUGCAGAACAGCGAUUUUGAAGGGGCUAUGAAGAUUGCAAAGAAGGCUCAGCAGCUGUUUCCUGAGCUUGAGAACAUGUCUCAAUUGCUUGCAGUCUGUGAGGUUCACUGCUCUGCACUAAACAAACUGUAUGGGUCAGGAAUGGACUGGUAUGGAAUUCUUCAGACUGAAAAGUUGGCUGAUGAGGCAACCAUCAAGAGACAGUACAGAAAGCUAGCACUGUUACUUCACCCUGAUAAGAAUAAACUUGCUGGUGCGGAGGCUGCUUUCAAGCUGGUUGGGGAAGCUCAUAGGGUGCUCACAGACAAGGCAAAACGUUCUUUAUAUGACAUGAAAUAUACGUGCUCAUUAAAACCUACAGCACCAAUGCCACCACCCCCUCAGUCGAAUAAGAACUCAUUUGUCAAGAAACAGCCUAGGGUGGAAAAUAAUCUUCAUAGCUUUCCUUAUCCACACACAAAUUUGGGGUGUUAUCAGCCAGUACCACCACAGCAGACAUUCUGGACAUGCUGCAUCAAUUGCAAUAUAUGGUAUGAAUACCAUAAAGAUUUUGCGAAUAAACACAUAUCUUGUCAGAGUUGCUUAAAACCCUUUAUUGCCCGUGACUUGGGUACUCAAGGUGUGCCAGUAGGAACUCCCCGCCAACAAUUUCCCAAUCAGAAAGUAGCUUCAAAUCAGGGGCCGUCCAAAGUAACCUCACAAAUUGAUGGUAGAAAGCCAUCCACUAUGAGAUUUCCAGAUAGAUAUGUUGGGUUAGAUCCAUUUUCAAAGGCAGGAGGCACUGCUGAGGUUCAUGGGGGUUCUAAAACUGAAGUGGAAGCAGAUCGACAUGUGGAUGUGGGAAGGGGGAAGAAAGGUGUUGAAGUGCCUAAGUCUAAUUCAGCAAAGUCCAGCAAACCAGGAUCAUCAAAAAAAGGGAGCAGGAAGAGGAGGAAGUCGGCUGUGGAAUCCAUUGAAAGGUAUGAGGCCGGAAGCAGUGAUGUCAAUGACAAAGGUGUGAGUAUUCACAAAAAUGGUAGUAAUCCUUCUGGAAAGAAUUCUGGAAAUGAUAGGAGAUCGUCAAGACAAAAGCAAAAUAUUUCUUUCCAGGAAAAUCUUAAUGAUGAUGAUGAUGAUUUUGUGAAUCCUCCCAAGCGGGGAUGCAGAUCAUUCAGUGUCAGUGAUGAGGAGAUGAAAGAAGCAGCUGUGGAUGGUGGGGAAUGUAACGAUGAUAAUUCAGCUCCUUAUGCAGCUGAGGAUAGACAUAGGAAAGUGGUCAAGCAAAAAGCAAGUGCCCCUGAAGAAAGUUUGCUAAACAAAAAGAGCAAAACUGAUGAAUAUGACAUGGAAAGAGAAGAAGUAGCUAAUUCAGAUCAUGAUGAUAGGAAGUCCAAAGCUGACGAUAUGCCUGAAGCGAAAUCUGUCAGUAGCAUUGAAGUUCCCGAUCCAGAGUUCAGCGAUUUUGAGACUUGUAAGAAAGAAAAAUGCUUUGCUGUUAAUCAAACAUGGGCUCUGUAUGAUCCAAUAGAUGGCAUGCCGAGAUUUUAUGCUCGCGUCAAGAAAGUGUUCUCCCAUGGUUUUAAGCUGCAUAUCACAUGGUUGGAGGCUGAUCCAGAUGACCAAGGUGAAAUUAAUUGGCUCAAUGCGGAUUUGCCUAUUGCAUGUGGUAAGUACAGACUUGGUGCCACUGAAGAAACGGUCGAUUGUCUUGUGUUUUCUCAUCAGAUGCAGUGUAUAAAAGGCAGUGGUAGAGUUUCUUACUUGAUAUAUCCUAGAAAGGGUGAAACUUGGGCCCUCUUUAAAGAUUGGGAUAUUAGAUGGAGUUCUGACCCAGAAAAGCAUUUGUCAUUCAAAUUUGAAUUUGUGGAAGUCCUGUCAGAUUUUGUUGAGGGUGUUGGCAUUAAGGUUGUGUAUUUGGGAAAGGUGAAGGGGUUUGUUAGCCUGUUUCUGCGAACCGAGCAGAAUGGAACUGUCUCAUUUCAAGUUCCAGCUAAUGAGCUAUAUAGAUUUUCGCAUCGAAUACCAUCCUUCAGAAUGACUGGUGAGGAAAAAGAAGGUGUUCCCAAAGGAUCUAUUGAACUCGAUCCUGCUGCUCUGCCUACUGAUGUCAACAAGUAUGAUGAUCCUGGUGUUGUGAAGAUGGAGAAUGGACGCAUGGAUUCUGAAUCCAGUGGUUUGUAUUGCAAGUCCUCAGAAAAUAAAGUGGAACAUGUUAUGGGUUCUGACAUGGACCACGCAGCAAAGAAGCAUGGGCGAAUUGAACCAAAACAAGAGACCUCAAUGCUUAAAAGUUCAUCAAGACUGUCAAACGGCACUCGCACAAAUCAUGCUAAAGUAGAUGCCAGUCGAUGUAUAGCUAAAGAGGCUGCUAGUAAAGAAAAUAGCCAUUGCGACCUCGCCCAGCCCAAAGGAAUGGCUACGUCAUGUCAGGCUGAUAAGGAUAUGAGCACACCCAAAAAAUUCAAGACACCGAAUAAGCAGGAGAAGCAAGAUAUUGAAAGACAAUCCUUAAAUCUUAGAAGAUCACCAAGGAAUUUAAGCAAGAAAAAUAGUCAAGUAAAUGAACCUCAAUCCACAAAUGAGGAGGGAACUGUUAAGCAUUCAGAUGAUGACAAAGAAGAAAACCAAUGCAGCUUCACUAAGUCCGAAGGCAGUGUUUCUUGUCAGUUUGAUGAGAAAAUGCGUUUAGAUGUGAAGUACCUUUCUUCAGGUUGCAAAAUUUCAGAAGCUAAGCUCAACGACUUUAAUGGCCAAAAAUUGGAAGAGAACUUUCAGCUUGAUCAGAUAUGGGCGAUAUAUAGUGAAAGGGAUGGUUUGCCUAAGAACUAUGUACAAGUUAAAAAGAUUGAAUCUACCCCGGAGUUUAGAUUGCAUGUGGCUUUGCUUAAUCCCUGUUCAUUGCCAAAAGACACAAAUCAGUCAGUUUGUUGUGGUUUGUUCAAGGUAAAAAAUGGUAAGACUAAGGUCCUUUCUCGCUUUGCAUUUUCUCAUCGGUUAAGAGCUGAAUCCAUUGGUGAGAACAUAUACAAAAUUCACCCUAGGAAAGGUGAGGUUUGGGCAUUAUACAAGAACCUGAACUUCAAGGUGACACGUUCUGAAAUGGGGAAGGGAGAACGUGACAUAGUGGAGGUGCUAGAAGAUAAUGACCAGAGCACAGAAAUUGUUGUUUUGUCACCUCUUAGUGGGUUUACAUUAGUUUUCAAGUCUCCAAGAAUCCAGAGAUCAAAAUCUGGUAUCAUUGGUAUACCACAUGCUGAGAUUGCCAGAUUCUCCCACCAGAUUCCUGCUUUCCAGCACUCGGGGGAAAAAGAUAGUCGCCUGAUGGGCUGUUGGGAGCUUGAUCCCGCUGCAGUCCCUCGUGUUAUCAUCUGUUCAGAGUGAAUCAGCAAUGGAUUACACUGUUUAUACAUCGUCUGUCCCCUGAAACAAGUGUAAGCAGACACUUUUGCCAGUUGCCACAAUGCACCAUGUGGAAAACGAAUGAGUUUAGGAGAAACGUCAAGUUUGAUUCUUCUCUUUUGUCGGAAGCUUCAGAAGUCAACUUUUGUUGGGAGUCCAGAUUUAUCACAAAAGGGGUGGUUUUUUGGCUGUUUUCUGAUACACCUUUUUCUUCCGUUUUUUUUUUUUUUUUUCCUUGCAAUGUGGCUUGGCCUUUUUGAUGAAGUAGUGUCUGGCUGGAGUAUUAGCUUGAGUUGGCCAUGAUGUAACUCCAACUUUAAAUUCCUGAUAUUUCUCAGGGUGCAGUAUCUAAUAUGCCUAUUACUGAACUAGCUCUGGAAACAACUUAUGCUCCUUCAGAAAACUGGUUUGCUUGUGACUGUUGGGCGAGUAUCAUGACUCAGAUGUUUUGGCUCCUUGUGUGUUUGAACUUCCCUCUGGUGGGAA